ACAGUUAUGCCUGUGCUGUAAAAGGACACGAGGAUUUCCCCUCUCCUUCAGUGUGUGUCCAUGGUUCUUCAUGCAACAGAGUGACUUACACUGACAGAAGCAUCUGUGCCUUUAAAGGCUCUUCAGUCGACAUUUCUUGCACUUACAACAAUUAUGAAUCUAUCAAAUCUAAAUUCUGGUUCAGUAAUGAUCAGCAGGGGUAUUACACACGACUUGUGGACCUUCCUGAAGACUCCCAGUACUCAGGUCGUGUUCAGGUCCUUGAAGCACAGAGACGCUCCACUCUGAGAAUCACUGACCUGACAGAGAGAGAUUCAGCUGAGUAUCGCUUCAAAUUCAAAACACAAUGGUUUGAAUGGGAGAGCAGCUUACGUGGUACAACUCUGACUGUCACAGAUCCAGAUGUGCAGGUGCAGGUGAUCUGGACUUCUACCGGUCCAACACUGAUUUGUUCCAGCAGCUGUCUUCUCUCUGCUCGUUCUGCCUUUGUCUGGUACAAGAGUGAAAAAGAAAUUCAGGGAGAGACGUCUCCAUCUUUUAGAGGACACGUAGAUCCUGAGGACAGUUAUUCCUGUGCUUAUGAGGGUUACCGCUCCCCUGCAGUGUAUGCUCCGAAGGUGUCAGUGUUGAUGAAUCCCUCUGGUGACGUAAUGAAGGACAGUUCAGUGAGUCUCACCUGUAGCAUCGAUGCUAACCCAGCAGCUAAAUACACCUGGUACAAAGAGAACCAGUUACUGCUCAGUGGAGAACCGCAGCUUGUUUUCACCUCCGUCCAGUCCUCCGACUCUGGAGAGUAUUACUGCACAGCUGAGAAUGAGCUGGGGAAGACGACAUCUGAACAUGUCUCACUUAAUGUGAAAUAUGGUCCUCAGACCUCCACUCUGUCAGUGAGUCCCUCUGGUGAGAUAGUGGAGGGCAGUUCAGUGACUCUGACCUGUAGCAGUGAUGCUAACCCAGCAGCUAAUUACACCUGGUACAAGGAGAACCUAAAACUGCUUCAAGGACCAGAAGGAGUUUAUCAUUUCUCCUCCAUCAGCUCUGAGGACAGAGGGAACUACUACUGCAAGUCUGAGAAUAAACAUGGACAGAUCAACUCUACGUCUCUAUUCUUAGAUGUCCAGUAUGCUCCAAAGCUUCUCUCUGUGUCAGUGAGUCCCUCUGGUGAGAUAGUGGAGGGCAGUUCAGUGACUCUGACCUGUAGCAGUGAUGCUAACCCAGCAGCUAAUUACACCUGGUACAAGGAGAAUGAAGACUCACCAAAAGCUUCAGGACAGAUCUUCACCAUCACUGACCUCAGACCUGAACACAGUGGGAAUUAUUACUGUGAAACCCAGAACACAAGAGGACGUCGUAACUCCACCUUAAAUCUGACUGUUGUAGCAGGUGCAUGGAAAUCAGCAGCUGCUGGAUCAAUCACUGCUGUUCUCCUGGCUCUCAUCCUCCUCGCUGUCUUCCUGUGGAUCAGAAGAGAGAACUCCUUCACACAGCAGUGUAAGUGUGGAGAGAGACCUGACAACAGAGCACAGCUGAACGUGGGUCCAGUGUGUGACACCCCGUCAUCUGCAGCACAGAGACAAGCAGCAGGACAGCAGGAUGACCUUCACUACGCCAGCAUCUGCUUCUCACAGAACCAGGGAGAUGUUGUCUACUCCAACGUCAGAGUUCAUCCCCAGAGAGAAACAGAGGAAGAGGAGGAGGAGGAGGAGGAGGAUGGGGUUGAAUACUCUGCUGUCAGAUUUAACAAUGCCAGCAGUGCACCAGGAACAAGACGUCAAGAAGAUGGAAAUUAUUCAUGUGCACUGUACAGCACAGUCAACAACAACAAAAACACACCAUGAAUCUGAGCUUCGUUAUUUAUACUUGGAUUUUACAGCAUCAAGAGAAUCAGAAAAAUACAAACAUAUAAACAACAGUGGUUUAUGUAGGGUUUGUAAAGACUUGUUUGUUUGCUCAUUGUCUUUUAAAAGGUUGUUUGAACCAAAUUAGUAUCACAUUUUCUUACUUCUGCUUUUAUCAAACCAUUAAGAAUAAAACAUUAAGAUACAGUCAA